AUGCCAGCUUUACGCACCCGCGAUACCCAGUCCCGCUCACUCGAAGUGACCACCGCCCCCGCACAGACCCUCUCCCCGCCCGCCCUCGCCAUCAUCUCCCCCACCCCCCGCGCAUUCACCUUCCCCAUCAACACCCACACCCACACCCACACCCACACCCUCCACUCCGACUCCCUGCACGCCCUCGACCCCCUCUCCGAGUCCCCCUUCUCCUCCCCCCUCGCCGGCUCGCCGUUCACCCUCCACGACCCGUUCCACUUCGACGCCGGCGCGUUCGGGUUCGGCGAUGGGGAUAUGGAUAUGGAUAUGGACGGGAAUAUGAGUAUGAGUAUGAAUAUGAAUAUGAAUAUGGGCGGUAUGGGCGUACACGGAAUGGAGUCGGUGCUCGGCAUGGCGCGAACGGUCUCCCCGUCGACGUGCCUCUCGCCCUCCCUCGUCCCCGCCCUCCCGACACACCCCUCCCCCCCUACACUCCCCACACUCCCCACACUCCCUACUCUCCCUACUCUCCCCAAUCACCCGGCAAAUCAGACACUGCCCGCGCCCUACACCGGCUCCUCCUCGUCUUCGCUGACCCACAAGCGCCGCAAAUCCUCGCACUCGCACUCGCACUCCCUCACGCGCUCGCCCACGUCCGCGUCCGCGCGCUCGCGCUCCCUGAGCAAGGCGUCCCUGCACGCAAACGCGAACGCGAUGUCGGUGUCGUCGCCGCUGAGGGGCGAUGAGGCUGGCGAGGCUGGUGAGGGCAGUCAUGGGAAUGAGAAAGGAGAGAAAGGGGGCAAUGGUGAGAAAGAGAGGGGUGAGAAAGACAAAGAGCGGGGCGAGAAGGAGAAGGAGAAGGAGCGCCGCCCGAAGAAGGGCGACGAGGACUACAUCAAGCGCCCCGAGAACGCGUUCAUACUGUUCCGCCGCAAGUGCUGCGAGGAGCGCAAUGCCUCCACCACCACCACCUCCGCCUCCUCCAUGAACUCGAACUCGACACCGUCCUCCCCGGCUAAACAGCGCCAGGCCGACCUCUCGAAGACGAUCUCGCAGCAGUGGCGCGCGCUCGCGCCCGAGGAGCGCAUGUACUGGGAGGAGCUCGCGCGCGAGCGCAAGCGCGAGCACGAGCGGAUGUACCCGGGGUAUGUGUAUAGGCCGCAGAGGGGCGGGCGGCGCGCGAAGGGGGGGCGGGAGGGGAAGGAGGGGAAUGGGAAAGAGGGGGGGAAGGAUGGGGGGAAAGAGGGGAGUGGGGGGAGUGGGGGUGCGGGGAAUGGGGGUGCGGGGAGUGGCGGGAAGGAGGGGAAUGGGGGGAAAGAGGGGAGCGGGCGCAAGAACUCGAUGGUGUCGAGCGCCUCUGCGGACGAGGACGAGGAGGAGCAGGACGCGUCGGGCGCGGGUGCGGGGGAGAAGAAGGAGCAGACGCUCUCGUUCGUCGUGCCCACGCUCCCCUCUCCGCCCGCCCACUCCACUCACGCGAGCCACGCCUCGUACACCCACCACCUCUCCCCGUUCGACGCUAUCGCCACCCAGUUGUCUUCCGCUCUCGUACAACAGCAACAACAACAACAACAACAACAAGGAGGACAACAACAACAACAGCAACAACACGGACAAGGAGGAGGAGGAGGGUACACGCGCCCGGCAUACCACGGCCGCUCGGCCUCCGCGCCCACGCCGCCGCCGUUCAGCACGCUGGGGCCCCUGCUCCAGCAGCACCAGCACGCCCCGUCCGCGUACCAGGCCUUCCCGCAGGACCCCGCUGCGUACCUCAAUCUCAAUCUCAAUCUCAACCACACCACCACCAACCACACCACCAACAAUCACAACAACCACAAUCACGAUCAUGAUCUCAACAAUCACGAUCUUAACACCACCACCAACAACAACCAAAACAACCAGCAGGGCUACGCGCACGCGCAGCACGGCUAUGGGUCCGGGUCAGGGUCCGGGUCAGGGUAUGGGUAUGGGCAGCAGUGGUUCUGCGGGCAGCAGCAUAUCCAGAUCCCGGACGUGUACACCGCCAGCUCGUGCCCCACCUCGCCCGCGCCUAAUACUGCCAACACUGCCAGUACCACCAACAAUAUUUCCAAUAUUUCCAAUGCCAACACUGCCAACACUGCCAAUGCCGCCAACGACGCGAACAAAGCGAACAAUGCGAACAAAGGUGGCGAUAUGGACGGAAUGGGUGGGAUGGGAGGGAUGGGCGGGAUGGGGGGAUUGCUGCCGACGUCGCCGACGACGGACGUGCCGAUGAUCUCGGGCGCGCGCCGCGCGAGUGCCCCGGGACACCCCGCCAGCGCGCAUACGCAGGCGUUCGAGAGCUCAGACUUCCUGCGCGGGAUGUACAACAUGAACAUGAACGUCUCCGCCCCCGCCCCCGCCUCCGCCUGCGCCGGCCUCCCGCACUCCCUCUCGCGCGUCUCGCGCAAGCCGCUCUCGCUCUCCACCUCGUCUCUCACCUCGUCUCUUUCGGCCUCGUCUCUUUCGCUGUCGACCUCGGCGCUCUCCGCGUCCCCCGCAUCGUCCGGCCCGCCGUCCCCCAGCUCGCUGUCGGGCGCGUUCGAGCGCUCGUCGCUGCACGAUGCGUCACUCGCGCACGCGAACGCGUGCGGCGGCGGCGCGGAUGUGAACAUGAGUAUGGGGAUGGGGAUGGGGAUGGGUGGUGAGUAUGGUGUGGGUGGUGAGUAUGGCAGUGACUAUGGUGUGGGUGCUGAUUACGGUGUGGGUGGCGAUUAUGGCGUGGGUGGUAUGGGGAUGGAGUAUACUGGGAUCGGGAUGGGGAUGAUUGGAGGAGGGAUUGGGGGAGAGUACGCGGGGUUCCAGGGGUUCGGCGCGGACGUGUACGGCUUUGACGGGUUCAGCGGCGCGGACGUCGCUGUCCACGGCUGGAGCAGCACUAACAACAACAACAACAACGCCCAGAACGACGGACACGCGGGGGAGCGCGCACGCAAUGCGCACGCCAACGCGAACGGCGACACAAAUGGAAAUGGAAAUGGAAAUGGCAAGUCCCUGUCGACGACCCCGACCCCGACGCAGCACGGCGACGCGUAUGCGCAUGCGUACCACCCCGUGUUCAGCGUGCCCGAGGUGAGCUUGGGCGGCAUGGGCGGUAUGGGGAUGUUCAUGCCGGACGACUUCGACCUCGGGGCGAUCCAGUCCGUCGCGUUCGGGCUUCCGGGAGACGCGUCGGCGGAUGCGGAUGCGGAUGCGGCGCCCGCGGCCAAGUUUGGCGGGGGCGUUCGGGAGGUGGGCGAGCACGCGGAGUAUGGCGUGGACGGGGACGGGGCGCAUGGGAUGGAUGUGAGUGGAGGGAAUAUGGGGAUGGGUAUGGGGAUGGGCAUGGACACGGAUAUGCAGGGCGCGGUGAACGUCUAG